AUGCUGUGUUCCGCGCGGUGUUCUUGUUUCCUCUGUCGUGAGCUUCAGUCUUGUCGCGCCGCUGACACCCGCAAACCCCCGAACAAACACAACAUGUGUGAAAAUUUCAUACUCAAAAAAUCUGACGCAUGGGAACCUAUGAAAUUCAUAAGAGGAGCAGCCAGGCUUUCAGUGCGACACUGGCAGGGCCGUGAGCCACUCGCUCCAGGGAAACCGCGUGUCCCGAAACACAAGUCUACCAGCUGCGAACAGCUGUAUCAGCAGCCCUCCGAGGAGCCUCCCUACGCUUUACGGAAGGCUCCCAGCACGGACAGGAUGAAGCAUGUUGAACAUAAGCCGUUGUUCAAACUGCUCGGUAACUCGAAAUCGAAAAAAAUAAGUGAUGCGCCUGAAUCUAAUGUUAGGCGUAGUGUUUUAAAUUUUAGAAAAACUGAGCAAUCGAGCUCUAAAAAUGUCCAUGAAAAAUAUGUGCCGUUACCAAAAAAUUCUACUUCCUUAGAACAUAUUUAUAGUGAACCGAAGCAAUGGAACUCGAAAUAUGAUGAAUGCUGUCGCCCACCCGUUUAUCAAAGCGUUGAAAAGAAAAUCGCUGAAAAUAAAGCGGCCGAUAAGAAGCCAUACAACAAUCGUCCUCCUUGCUAUGACGAACUGGCUGAAAGAUUAUCUCACGAAAAAAGGAGAAAGACACAAGAUGUGGGCUUGGCCAAUAAAAUUACACAAAAUAACAACAAAGUUGUUAUUUACUUUGGCGAUUCCCUCAUCCGUAAACACAAUGAGGAGAAAAGAGAAGAAAUAAAACAAGCACAGGAGAAAAUCCAGAAAGAGGAAGUGAUUUAUGCAAAUCACGAAAUGGAGGACGCGAAUAAUCUCGGUAUCGGGAGGGAAGUAGAUAAGGGUGGAGGAACACAACUCGUAUCUGAAGUGGAAGUGCCAGAGGCUAUUUAUUCUGAAAUAAAGACUGAAGAAGUACCUGAGCCAGUGCCGAUAAAUGACGCGACUUAUAAAAAGGAUGUCCGUGAAACGAUGAGCUCUGAUGGGUUCUUAAUAGUCGAAUUUGAAGGGAAUUUUGAACGAGCUCGUCAGCUUGUAGAAAUAGUGCACGGUGGGAGUGGUGUGGAGCCACACGAAGCUACAGUGUUGGACGACGACGAACAGUGUGACUGGAGCUUUAUCCAAAACUGGAGGAAACGGCCAUCGAGCGGCUCCCGGCCUUCGGACGACACGUGGUGCGGCGCGGGUGUGUCGGGCGCGCGGGCGCUGCGCGUGCGCGUGGCGGGCGCGGCGCCGGCGCACGCGAGGCGCCUCUCGCCACCGCCGCAUGCGCACCGCGCGACUACCCCACCGCCGCCCACCGACCCGCCUGCUAAACCAAACCCAGAAGAGCAGCAACCAGUCACAGAAGACAGUCCGAGCACCGCGCAGCUGAAGCCAGUCAGCGCUGUCUCACAGAUCACAGUCGCCAGUUCGCCAGUCCGUAGUGCGCCUGUACAGAGCAGCUAUGCUCUGGAGAGGCGUAAGCAUGAUCACCGGCCGGAGGCUACACCGACGCAGAACGGUGUCCGCGAAUGCAACAGCAGUUCGGACGAAAACAGGUCGUCCGGCCACGCGUCCAUGUCGGACAGUGGCGGGGCGGACGCGGCGCGGGAUGAACCGCGCAGACCGAGACAACCACCGCAUGCUAGGACUAAACAUAGACCUAAUAAGCUCCAAUCCCCGUGGCCAGGAGGCGGGGGGCUGGAAGAUAUCCGCUCCGCCAUCAAGCAGCUGACACUGAGGUCGCGCGACAGCAGCAGCACCGCUACUAGCGCUUCUAGUGCUGCUGGUAGUAAUGGCGCCACAGAGAACGGCAGCGCAACAGACGCGCGCCGUCGCCGCGCGCCGCUCGUGCGGCAGCCGUCGCUCGACACCGUGUGCACUAACGUCACUAGUGCGGACGAGUUCGUCUGGGUUGACUCGCAUAAUAGGCUGGUAGAACUACGCGUGGUGCCGUGGACAGCAGCAGAGAUAGCUCGUCUGCUGGCGGCUGGACGCUGUCGGGAGUUAGCUGCACGUCUUGCACCAGAUACACCACCACGACUUGCUUAUCUACUGCAGAGAGCUUUAGUUCGAAUAGCACGAGAGGCUCAGCGCCUGUCACAGAACUUUGGUUUCUGUUCCAAACAUGAAGUUGCUGGCGCGUUUAGAAUAAUUUUGAGCACGCCGUUGGCCGAUUCGUGUAUAAAGGGCUGCGGCCGCGCGGGCACGAUGUACGCGACGUCGGGCAGCGCGGCGCGGCGGCUCGGCUCCGCGGCGCGCGCGCGCACCACGCUCGCGCCGGGACGCUUCCUGCGCUGGAUGCUCGACGUGCGGGUCGCCAGCUUCGUGCACGAAUACGCAGCAGUAUACCUCUGCGCGGGUAUGGAGACACUCCUCGAAGAGAUCGCUCUGAUCGCUGGAGCUGGUUCAGGCUCUGCUCCCAUCACACCGGCCACAGUGGACCAUGCGGUUGCUACCUGUGCUGAUCUGUGGGGACUGCUGCAGCCGUACAGCCACUUGAACGCAGGGAGAGUUGCUUCAGGGGCACUAUCUUUAUCCCGUUGGGAGUCAAUGAGUUCUCUUGGAUCAGGAUCCGGUUCAUCAUCAGGCGCGCCCAGGCCGGAUCAUCGCCAGCUGGGGCUCAGUCAUGAUUCCGGCAUCACUACUAAUGGCUCUGGAGGCUCCGGCACCUCCGGUUCUAAUACCAGUUCAGCAGAUUCCGCUGGCUCCAUGAGCUCAGCGGGGUCAGCGUCAGUAUUGCUGACCACGUGUGCGGGCUCAGCGGCGGAGUUACGUGCUGUGCUGAGACAGUUAGUGGGGAGACACCCGCCGCUGUCACCUGCGGGGGAAAGGGCGCUGUACUACUUUAUGCGGUGUUCACAGCUGGAGCACACCACAAAUGGCAGUGCCUGCGGUGCAGCGGGUGCCCUGUGGGGCGAGCGCGGUGCGGGCGCACUCCCCCCGCUCGGGGAGUGGCUGCGGGUUGCACGUGCACAUGCUGCCCUGCGGCCCCCGCCCGCGGUUACCGAUGCUGAUGAUGUGCUGCAAGCUGCGAGGUUGCUACUGCCACAUGCUGACUGCCCUCCAAGACCCAUCACGCUAGAAGAAGCGAUCGAGCCAGCGUGGUCGCGCUGCACCCGCACGGGCGACGAGCUGUCCCGCGCGGCGCUCGGGCUGGCCCAGCGCGCGCUGCUGAGCGGCCGGCCCGACCUGCUGGGCGGCGUGCGGGCCUUGCUGCCGCCCGCCGGGAUAGACGCGACCGACGCUAUGGGGAUGACUGUGCUGAUGAAGGCCGCGCUCAACGGGGAUGACCAGGUCGUCGCGAUGCUUCUAGAAGCGGGAGCAGACCCGAACAUAGAGACCGGUGGAGCGGCGGCGCAGCACAACGCGUUGCUGUCUCCGCGCGCCAACGCACAGCACAGCUCGCCUGCUAGCACCUAUACACCGCCUACUGCUGGUUGGACAGCACUAGUAUACGCGUGUAGCGGCUCGAGCGCAGGCGGCGGUGCUGUGGAGGCUGCAAGACGUUUGCUGGCUGCUGGUGCUAGAGUUGACGGUGCACCUGCGAGGGGAGAUGAUGUGUGCACGAUUACGCCGUUGCAGAUGGCAUGUGGAGUGGGCAACUUAGAACUAGUGCAGCUACUUCUAUCGCAUGGGGCUGAUCCGUUCUUAUCAACGCAACUAAAUGAUGCGCUGUGUUAUUCAGCAGCGGCACAAUAUGGUUGUUACAGCGCGGUGGCAGUAUGCUGCGCGCAUGGCAGACGCGCGUGCUUACGAGCGGCAGCACGUGGUGGGGGGGGUCGUGCUGUACUAUCUCUGGAGGAAGCUCUAGCAGAAGGAGCACCACCAGCUGCAGGUCGCCCACCACCGUUUACUAAGCUGCAGCAUCGUGCGUUACAGGAUGCGUUGUAUUGUGCCGCUGAGACUGGACAUUUGGAUAUAACAUUAGAGCUGCGUGCACUAGGCGUGCCAUGGUCGUUACACGCGUGGACGUUGUCACUCGCAGCAGCGGCUGAUGCUUCAUUGGAUCACGUAAUUGAUCAGUUGUUACAGGAUUUCUUGCAGGUGUGCCCGUCCGACGACAGCCACUACAGCAAGCAGUUCAUCUACGAGUGCCUCCCUCUGCUCUUCAAUAUUUUGCGGUAUAGCAAGAAGGAGGGCACGGUGCUGCUGCUGGCGGACAUCCUGUGCGCGUGCUACGGCUGGGAGGCGGUGCCGGCGGUGCGCGAGCCGCCGCCCGCCGCGCCCGCGCCCGCGCGCGUCGACGUGUCCUACGUCAACAACCCCGAGCUGGCCGACGUCACCUUCCGCGUGGAAGGUCGUCUCUUCUACGGGCACAAGAUAGUGCUAGUAUCGGAGUCCCCCCGUCUCCGCGCGAUGCUGGCCCCGCCCCGCGCGGCGGACGGCUCGCCGCCCGCCAGCACCGCGCCGCCGCUCGUGCAGAUUAAUGAUAUACGAUAUCAUAUUUUCGAGCAAGUAAUGCAGUACCUAUACGCGGGCGGGUGCAGCGGGCUGACAGUCGCAGAAGCAGACGUGCUGGAGGUGCUCGCGGCUGCGUCCUUCUUUCAGCUGCUGCCGUUGCAGCGCUACUGCGAGGCGCGUGCUGCUAAAGCUGUGGAUUUGCACAAUCUCGUCUCUGUGUAUAUACAUGCCAAGGUGUAUGGCGCGAGCCAACUCCUCGAGUACUGCCAAGGGUUCCUGCUCCAGAACAUGGUGGCGCUGCUCACGUACGACGACUCGGUGAAGCGGCUGCUGUUCGGCAAACGGCUGCCUGGACACAACGUGCUCGCUGCACUGCUCGCCACUCUGCAGCGACGUAUUGAAGCUAGGAAGAACACCGCCAAGAACAAGAUAUAAUUACACACACAGCAACUGGCCACUCACAAAUAAAAAUAAAAUAAACUUUCAUAAUACAGAUUGUAACAAACAACUUUUCUAAUUAGAAAGAAUAGAAGUUAGAACUUAGAACACAUUUUCAAAAACAUUAUUAUUUCCUUUUCAGUAGGUAGGGCUGAAUUUUUACUUUGCAGUUUGCCGCCUUUUUGUUGGAUAAUGGUUACAGAUAAUCUACCGUAAUGUCAAAAUUCAAAAUCGUUCAAUAAUCCUUUUGUGAUGUCAGAUUGUUUUAAUUAUAAUUUAUGGAAGUUUAAACUUGGUGAAAUAUUUUGAACUUGUUAUAAAAUAUAUUAUUAUUACCUAAUGUUAGAUGUAACGAUUUUUUCAUUUGUUUGUGUUGGUAGUACUUAUAUUUUGUAGUUUUUCUCAUUAUUUAACCGUAAUGUAAAUAUUGACUGGAUAUUUAAGUGUCGAAAUGUUAUUUGGAUGUUAAAUAAUAUGUAUUUUACUGUAAAUAGGUAUUUUUUUUUAUAAAAUAUAUAUUAUGUUAUGUAACAAAAUUUAACUACUAAUUAGACUGGUGGAAAAUGUAGUAUUUUAGGUGUUAAGAAUUAAACCGUAGAGAGAAUGUUCUAUUUUUAUUAACUCUAUACAAUAUUAUUUUUUACUAUUCAAAUUUGAUAUUAUUAUGUUAUUUAAUGUAUUCACUAUUCAGUCUUUGUCUUCCAAAAGAAGUUUUGUGAUGGAUGCAAUUCAUAAACUUUAAAAUAUGUCUUUAUUAUUAACUUUGUAAUGUUUUCAGAAUUUUAAAUUAAUUAUUAUUCUGUGUCAGAUAAUAAUAUAAUACUUAUUGUCCUCUAAAACUAUUCUAAGAACGGAAGUUUGAGAAAAGUAAAAUAAUUAAAUUUGCCUUGAAUUUGAUAUUUUUGGUUUAUAGCAUACAAAUGCUUUAUUGCCUUGUUCUGUUAACAAUUUUUACUAGAAGUUAUUGUGAAGUAUUAAAUAUGUAAUAUUGUAAUUAUUGUUGAUUAAAGAGUUAGUAUUUUCCA